AUGGCACUCAGGGCAAAGGCAGAUGUGUGGCAGGCAAGGCCUUGGCAGUGCCUGCACAGGAUGAGGGCAUUGGGCAACACAGCAGCACCAGCCCCCAAGACACUGCAGCCCUUUGAAGCCAUCCCACUGUACUCCAGAAACAAGUGGCUGAAGAUGUUCCAGAUCCUGAGGGAGCAGGGCCAGGAGAACCUGCACCUGGACAUGCAUCAGGCCUUCCAGGAGCUGGGGCCCAUUUUCAGGUACAGCAUAGGAAGAACACGGGUUGUGUCUGUGAUGAUGCCAGAGGAUGCUGAGAAGCUGCAGCAGGUGGAGAGUAUGCACCCUCAUCGGAUGCACCUGGAGCCCUGGGUGGCCCACAGAGAACAGCGUGGCCUCAGACGUGGCGUGUUCUUGCUAAAUGGGCCUGAGUGGCGCGUCAACCGACUGAGGCUGAACCCAAGUGUGCUGUCACCAAAGGCCGUUCAAAAGUUUGUCCCCAUGGUGGACAUGGUAGCAAGGGACUUCUUGGAGGCCCUGAAGAAGAAGGUGUUUCAGAAUGCUCGUGGGAGCCUCACCAUGGAUGUCCAGCAAAGCCUCUUCAACUACAGUAUAGAAGCGAGCAACUUUGCUCUUUUUGGUGAGCGGUUGGGCCUCCUAGGCCACGACCUGAGCCCUGGCAGCCUGAAGUUCAUCCAUGCCUUGCAUUCCAUGUUCAAGACCACCACACAGCUCAUGUUCUUGCCCAGGGGCCUGACACACUGGACAAGCAGCCGAGUGUGGAAAGAACAUUUUGAAUCCUGGGAUAUCAUCUCUGACUAUGCCAGCAGAUGUAUCUGGAAGGUGCAUCAAGAGCUCAGACUUGGCAACCCUCAGACCUACAGUGGCAUCGUGGCAGAACUAAUAUCCCAGGGAGCUUUGCUUCUGGACGCCAUCAAAGCCAACUCCAUUGAGCUCACCGCUGGGAGUGUAGACACGUGUCUGAGACUUCUCUGGCUCCAACAUACAAAAUUCCCCUUGCUAAUGACCCUCUUUGAGCUGGCUCGGAACCCAGACAUUCAGCGGACACUUUGGCAGGAGAGCCUGGCAGCCGAGGCCAGCAUCGUGGCAAACCCUCAGAGGGCCACGUCGGACCUGCCCCUGUUGCAGGCUGCUCUUAAAGAGACCUUGAGGCUCUAUCCUGUUGGUGGCUUUCUGGAGAGAGUUCUAAGUUCUGACUUGGUACUUCAGAACUACCAUGACCCUGCUGGGUGA